UUAUAGGGAAUUUAAGAUAAUUAAAGCGACCUCUACUGUCAUUAGCUCAAACGUACCUAAGAUAUGUAAACAAACAAAUGGUUAUAGACCGUUUGUAUGGUAGGGUGAUUUAAUUUCGUUUAUUUUGCUUUGUUAUCGUGUUUAAUCUGCUUGUGUUAAAAUUUUGAGAAAUUUAAGUAAUUAAUUAACAAGUGUAGUGGGUAUGGCGAAUACAUUUUGCUGUGUACCCGGGUGUAACUCUUUGAAGCGGCGAACCCCUGAUAUAAGUUUCCACAAAUUUCCUAACGUCAACGACACAGUACGAAUUCAGACAAAAUUGGGCGUUUGGGAAAUCGUAAAUCGCAGAUAUAUUUGGAAAACUAAACUUCGAAUAGGAAAAAACAUUAGUGAAUUCAUGAAAGUUUGUUCAUUACAUUUUACUGAAAAUGAUUUCUUUACAAUUCGUCAAAGGAGGAAUUUGAAAAAAAAUGUUAUUCCUACGAUGUGUUUACCUAACCCUGUUCAUGGUUCAGUACAGGAAUUAGCACCAUCGAAUCGUGGAGUAAGAUUAUCAAUACGAAACCAAAUGAAAGAAUUAAGGGAUAUACCGGCAACCGAUCCUGUAACUGAAGACAAUUGUCAUGAAAAUAUCGACACAGUGCCCACCACUGAGGAACUACAAGCGGCUGAUGCAUUAUUAACAUUAAUACAAACUGAAAGUCAAAACAGUGAACCAAAAACUUUCAGAGACUUUCAAAUUCAAGUCAAUACACCAUCAAAGUUGACAUUGUCCCACUUUAUUCAAACUGAAAAAGCUUUAACAAGUUUAACCGGACUGAAUAGUUUUAUUUUGUUGGAUGAAAUUUGUGCGUCUAUUGCAAUCAUAUAUAAAGAUGUUCGAAUACAUAAACUAUGUGUCAAGGAUCGAGUGUCAUUAACAUUUACUAAACUAAAAUGUGAUUUGAGUUAUACUAUCCUAGGAGUUUUAUAUGGAAUAAGUAGUGUCCUGUGCAGAAUUUAUUUUAUAGAAAUGAUAAAGUUACUUUCCACCAUUUUAAAAUCAGUGAUCGUAUUUCCGUCAAAAAUAGAAAAUUCACAAAACAUGCCAAUCUGUUUUGAAAAGUUCCAAGACACUCAAAUCGUCUUAGACUGUACUGAGAUAUUUAUUCAGACGCCAAAAUGUUUAUGUUGCCGAAUACGGUUCUAUUCACACUAUAAAGGUGCACUUACAGUAAAAUUUAUGACAGGAGUUUCUCCAGCAGGUUUAGUAACUUUUGUUAGUAAAGCAUAUGGAGGGAGAGCAUCGGAUAAAAUUAUUUUUCAAGGAAGUGAAUUAAUCAAAAAAUUAGAAAAAGGUUCUGCAGUUAUGGUUGACAAGGGAUUUUUAAUUGAAGACAUUUGCAAAAUGUAUGAGAUUAAGCUGUAUCGUCCACCAUUUCUUCGAGGUAAAGCACAAUUUGACGAAGGAGAAGCAAUGUUCACUAAAGAAAUAGCAUCUGCCAGAGUGCACAUUGAACGCACUAAUCAACGCCUCAAAAUUUUUAAAAUUCUAGGAGGGAAACUUCAGUGGAAUCUUGUACACUACAUUGAUGACAUUAUAAUAAUUAUUUGUGCAAUUACUAAUUUGUCAGCACCAAUUUUAGCAGAGGAUAAAUUUUUAAAAUAAUAUUUUUAUAACAAUUUAUGUAUUACAC